ACAGGUACGGGACAUGAGACCCGCUCAGCGAAUGAGACUGCAAGGUUAUUUUCAUUUUACCAACCUUCACUUUCUGUUAACAGGUCGUGUUCAUACAUUGAUAUUUUUCACUACCAACAAGCUACCGGUCCAGGUCUCAUAAUUCGAUAUUCCGUCUAUUAGUGCGACCGGAAAGCCACGGAGGCCUUGGUUGAAAGGGCAUUUGCAAAGAAUUCCGAGCCACCAUGGCCUCGGACUCGAACGCGGCACUGUCGCACCGCCGCCAAAACAGUUCUGCCACCUCAUCCAAGAUUCUUCCCAUACAUGCACGACAAAGGUCACAGUCUAAGUCACUCGUUCGGCCGAAAUCUAGCCAAUGGGAAGACAGCUUUUUGCAGGCAUUUCUCGACCCAUCGUUUGACCCUACAGCCUACUUAAACGCAACAUUACCUCCACUUCAAUACGGCAACCACUCCGCGACGGGAUCCGGGGCCGGUGGUCCUACGAAAAGACAAGCGGUUCCUCUCUCCGAGUUAUCAAAUGAGGCUCAAACGCUUGCAACGCAACUAGAUGCUCACACGACGCGGCUAUCGAAUACUUUGACGCAGCUGACGGACGACAUCCUACGGAGCGGAAGCAGACUCGCCUACCAAGUCGAGCUCCUCCGCGGUGAAACCCUCAGUUUCUCCGAGACGUUACACGAGAAACUACAGGCUGAUAUUCGGAAGUUUUUGCCCGACGGACUACCCAGCACCGCUGAUACAGAUCUCACGGCUGCUUCUGGGACGAGGGAUAUGAAGGCGCCUGAACAGAAAGAUGUCUCUGUCGCCAUUCCCCCAGCGGCUGCUGAAUCCCCUGAACCAGGUCUUCCCAAUGAACCUCAGUGCAUUAAGCAACUCCGCACCCUCAGCCUUGUUCGCGACCGUCUGGACUCCGUCAUAAAUACUUUUGGCGAGGCAAUGGAGUUUGUCUUCCCUCCUUCAGAGCUCUCCGCUGCGUCAGGAUUUCUAUCCGUGUCGGCGCCUGAACCCGGAAGCGGGAGCUUUGGGGCCGUCGGGGGCGCCGGGGGCGCCGGGCAGCAUAGCACGGAGGAGAAAGGACAACAGGUACUCAGGCGACUACGGGAAGAGAUUACGCAACUUCUGCAGAAUGGCAAGGCCGCAGACGGAAGCGAUGACCCCGUCGCCGGUAUUGAGAGGGCUGCAGAGCGUGUGGAGGCGCUCAAAACGCUGGCGACGGUUUGGAAGGGCACGGCCGAGGAGAAAGGUCGCACCAGGUUCAUUGAGACAUUGGCCAAGAUGGUCGAGGACAGACACAAGGAGCUACUGAAGGAGGCGGAGGCUGCUGCACGGCGGGAGGGUGACGGUGCGGCGACGGGGUCUAGUCGACGACCGAGAAAGGGGAGCGUAAAGCGGGAGAGCGUGAAGGCGGAGGAGGAGAAAUCAUAUCUGACUGGGUAUGGCUUGAUGAGCCAACUUCAAAAACUGAGAAGCGGGCUAUGAAGAAAUGAGAUGAGGAUUUCUCCCACUAUAAUGCCCCCUUCUAUGCAGGUGGGAGGAAUUCCGUUAUUGUCGGGCCAUUUGAUGAAAUGUCUGAGCCAUAAUGGGUAAGACCAUCGUAAUGAGCGUUAUGCGAAAGUUAUGUGUAUAAGCAGCAGGGCCCACUAUUUGAUCAAUAUGUGCAGGU